UACUCCUCUCUUUCUCCUAGUCUCCUCUAUUUGUUCCCCACUACGUCUCUGCGCAUUGGUGAGCGGCUUAUUUCUCAAGCCAAGCUAGACGGACCGGCCCGCAAAGGGGAAGAAAACGAAAGUUGCCGCGAAAAAGAAACCAUACAACCAAGAGAACGACAACGAGAGAGGGAAAGAGAGAGAAAGAGAGAGAGAGAGAGAGAAAACAAGAGAGGGUAGAAAAAAAGGGGGGGGGCCGAACGAAAAACCAAAAAACCCCAACGAACCGGAAAAAAAAAAAAAAAAAGACGAAAACAAGAGGAUAACCAUGUGUUACUUUUAUCAAACACGCUGGGCCUGCGGAUAUUGGAGAUGGGGUCAGUUCAAACAGCAGUGCAACAAGGAAUACCGGACGGGCGAGACGUGCGGUCUAAAGCUUGUGUUCGAGACCAUCAUGGAACCGGACAGAUGCAAGCUGUGCUACGAUAUGGACAAGAAGCAUCGCCGGCUCGACAAGAUGAAUAGGGACAUUGAGCGCUGGCGUCGCGAGGGGAACCGCAGGGCAACAAUCGAGCGGACGACGGUCGAAGCGCGGGAAGUCGAGCGUCAGAUCCACGAAAUGAGCACAUCGCAUUGGAACAGGGUUACGCUGGCAAACUGACGAUCGUCGAUUGUCCGUGGUUGUUUCGAGGGUGGCGAGGAUGAGGGGGUUCUGUAUAGGUAUGUCGAAACUCUUUUCUGGCCAUAUUUCCUUGACUCUCCAUUUUCUUCCGAUAUUUCCCCCGUACUUGAGCUCCCCUCGUUUGCUGUAUUCUUUUUCCUUUUG